GUGUAAUUAAGGCAUGCUCAGAUGUUAAGGAGAUUUUAGAAGGUAGGAAGGUUCAUGGAUUGUUGUUUAAAUUUGGGUUGGAGCUGGAUAUCUUUGUUGGAAGUGCGUUGGUUCAUUCUUAUUUGAAGUUUGGCUUCACGGAUGAGGCACAUCAACUGUUUGAGGAAUUGCCCAUCAGAGAUGUUGUGCUAUGGAAUGCAAUGAUUAAUGGGUUUGCACAAAUUGGGCAGCUUGGCAGGGCACUGGAGGCUUGUAAGAAGAUGGUUGAAGAAGGGGUUGUUCUGAGUAAUUUUACAGUUACUGGGAUCUUAUCAAUUUUUUCUAUGAUGGGGGACCUUAAUAAUGGGAGGGCAAUUCAUGGUUUUGCGAUGAAAAUGGGUUAUGAUUCUGGUAUUGCAGUUUUAAAUGCACUGAUUGAUUUGUAUGGAAAAUGCAAAUGGGUUGAGGAUGCAUUGAAGAUUUUUGAGAUGAUGCCAGAGAAGGAUAUAUUUUCAUGGAACUCUAUAUUAUGUGUUCAAGAACAGUUUGGUGAUCAUGGUGGAACUUUGAGGUUUUUCGACAGGAUGUUACGAGCUGGGGUUAAACCUGAUUUGGUCACAGUCACUACUGUCCUACCGGCUUGCACUCAUUUGGCAGCGUUGAUGCAUGGUAGGGAGAUUCAUGGUUACAUGAUUAUCAAUGAAUUGGAGAAAGAUGGUGAUGAUAAAGAUGAUGAUGUGUAUGUUAAAAAUGCCGUUAUGGAUAUGUAUGUAAAAUGCGGGAGUAUGAGGGAAGCUCGUUUGGUUUUUGAUAUGAUGAACUACAAAGAUGUGGCAUCAUGGAAUAUCAUGAUUAUGGGGUAUGGCAUGCAUGGGUUUGGAGGUGAGGCGCUAGAUAUGUUUUAUGGCAUGUGUGAGGCACAAUUGAGGCCUGAUGAGGUGACUUUUGUUGGAGUUUUGUCAGCAUGCAGCCAUGUAGGCCUCGUAAGCCAAGGCCAAGAGUUUCUUGUGCAGAUGCAGUCGCAAUAUGGGGUGGUUCCAACCAUUGAACACUACACCUGCGUGAUUGACAUGCUUGGUAGGGCUGGGCAGCUCGAGGAGGCUUAUGAACUGGUGUCGGCUAUGCCAAUUGAGGCCAAUCCAGUGGUAUGGAGGUCUUUCCUAGCAGCAUGUCGGCUCCAUGGGAAUGCAACUUUGGCUGAGGUUGCUGCACAGCAGGUGUGUGAGCUUGAACCAGAACACUCUGGAAGUUAUGUAUUAAUGUCAAACAUUUAUGGUGCAGUUGGUCGAUAUGAGGAGGUAUCAGAAGUGAGAUAUACAAUGAAGCAACAAAAUGUGAAAAAGGCGCCAGGGUGUAGUUGGAUUGAACUCAGUGAUGGAGUCCACAUUUUUGUUACUGGUGACCGGACACAUCCUGAAGACUACUUGAUUUAUGCUAGAUUAAAUUCAUUAACUACUCGCAUAGACAAAUGGAACCGCUUGGUUGUCUACUAGAAGAAUUCUACUCCUACCUCACCGAAUAACCUAGGCAUCCUCCUAGAAUUUUCCAAUAUCGGUGCUUCCUAUCUAUUUUUUCGAAGUCAAUUUCACGUGCUACAAGUUUAAAACACUGCAAAUUUCAUCACGAUGGCUGCAGUGUGAAUUGUCUUCUAUGCCAUGUGCUUCUGCAACAAGCAUUAGAUUUCUCACAAUAUAUAUAUAUAUAUAUAUAUAUGUCUUUGCUAUUAAAAUCUUACGAUUCGCAAUUCGAUUCAUAAUUUGAUUUGUAAUUUUUGUAAAAUCAAUAUGAAUCAAUAAGUGAAUCUAUUUUAGAAUUGAAUCUUUAAUGAGCAUGAUUCGAUUCA